CCGACAACAUGGAUUCGGAAGUUAUCACUUGGGAUUCUUUCAAGUUGCACUCUUGACUCUGGAUCGGAUGUCUAUCCUACAGCUAUGUGUAGAUAGGAUCAUACGAUACAAUGUCGGAUGAUCAAUCUAGACCACCCAAACGAUCCUCGCACAACGCUAGCACGGAGGAUGGCGCUUCGACCGAGUCGCAAAGGAAGCGGCGCCGGCGAGUUAUUUCGUGUCAGUCAUGUCAGAGGUCUAAGACCCGAUGUGAACUUGCCCCUGGAGUGCAAAGUUGCAGACGUUGUCAGAACCUAAGACUAAUUUGUUCCUUGCGCGAAAAUAAUUUUGUGCCAGAGUCCACUGUGGCUGAUAAUCGAACUCAGUCUCUCGAACAGAGACUGCAUAAUCAAGAGGAAAGAUUACUAGAACUUAUGGACCUUGUAAAAGACUUACAAAAAGGUAUAACCCAAUCUCAGUCGGUAUCGGACAUAUCCAACUUGAGUAGGUCCAAGAGAUUUGAUUACCGACUAAGCACCGAACCACGAGAUGUUGAGGAGAUAUCGGAUCUUGCUACUUUGGUGUCCCAUUCGUCCCCAAUAGUAGUGUUGCGUGAGAUAGGGCAACGAUAUUACGGCAGCCGUCGGCAGGCUUUGGAUAGCGCCACUCUUAAUCUGGUAUCUAGUGGGAUGAUUGAUAGGAAAUUCGAGGAGGACAUGGUUGCUCUGUAAGGGAAAAAAAAUUCCGGAGAAGCGAGCUCUUCAGAGGUCCUAUGGCUAAAAUCUUGUGCUAGAUUCUUCACCACCCACAGCCAAUCA